AUGGAGCCAUGGGAGAGAAGCCAGAGCGCCAGCGUCAAGAAGCCAAUGGCGCCGCCGGCGCCGCCCACGGACGCUCUCGGCGACGAUCUCCUCGGAGAAAUACUCCGCCGCCUCCCCGACAUGGCGUCACUCGCCAGCGCCGCCCUCGUUUGCAAGGGCUGGGGCGGCGUGGCCUCCGACCCGGUCAUCUUCCGCCGUUUCCUCUCCCUCCGCGCGCCCCUUCUCGUCGGCGUCAUCCUCACCAAGCGCGACCGCGAGUGCGCCGCCCACCGCAACGAUCUCCGCUUCGUGAGGGCCUCCUCGACACGUAACCCCAAGCUGGCCUCCGCCGCAGCGCAUGGCGAUUUCUACUUCGAAGGCCACCCCGAGAUUGAAGCUACCGACAGGUGGAGCCUCCGUGGCUGCAACGGCGGCCUCCUCCUCCUCUGCCGCGGCCGCUAUGCGUCGAACCUCGCCGUCUACGACCCUCUCGAGCGGACCGCCAUCUUCUUCGAGCCACCCGCGGGCUGGCACAUGGUCCGCUACGCCAUCGUCGCGGACGAGGCCGGCCCUUCGUUCCAGGUCAUCGCCAUAUGUCCCUGGCACAGCCAUCGCUUCGCCGUCUUCUCCUCCGGCGCCGGCAAAUGGGUCGUGGUUAACUCGUUCCGCGACAGUUGGAUCUGCGCGGAUGACGGUAUGGCCGCUGGGCGGUUCGCUUACUGGCGGUCCAACACCAAAAAGAACACCAUGAAUGAGAAUGAAGAGAAGAUAUAUGUGCUUGACACGAAAACCAUGGUGUGGUCGGUUAUAACCGCGCCGUUCCCGGCUGGCGAAUCGUACUGCGUGGCGGACAUGGCGGAGCACGGCGGGUUGUGCAUCGUGUCCAGCAGGGAGCAAUGCGUGCUGCUCUGGGUCCGUGAUGUCAAUGGUGACUGGGUGGUCAAGAAGGAGGUCUCCUUGCUGAAUCAGUUCGGGUGCUUGAAGAGGAUUCGUCGUGACGAGUGGAUGAAGAGGCUGCGCAUCCUCGCAAUGAAGGCUGGUUAUGUCUACAUGGAGUUCUGGUCCAUAAGGAAGUCUGAAUCCCAUGUUCUUGUGCUCAAUCUGAACACCGUCAAACUGCAGCAAAUCUUUCGCAAUAAUGCGGUUGAGCGCUACAGAGGUGCUGCUUUUCCAUUCUUUCUGCGGUUGUCACCACUGCCUGCCGCAGAUGAUGAUAAUUAA